UGAUGUUUUCAGUAGUAGGUGAAUCAUGUAGUAUUUGGCAUCAUGCAAUCUGAUUCAUCCUCUGGCAGGCAUCCAUAACCUCUGAUCUUGGACAGUGUACUAACUGAAACAUGUUUCAUAUUAAACGUUAUUUGCAGAGGUAGAUGUGUAAAUUAUAAGUGGUAAAUGUGCAAAUUAGUAGUGUUCUCUCAUUUCCAUUGCGGGAGGUCUGACCAUUAGUAGUGUCCUCUGACAAUAUGCACGUGUAACUCAUCUUUUGCAGCAUGCAACUCAUUUUUUGUUGAUCAAGUUGAUGAUCUAAAAAUAUGCGUGAGCCUUCUAUAUCGAAACGGAAGAAGUAUCAUUUUGCUAGUCUCUGCUUUCUUUGUCUUACUGUCACCUAGUCACCUUCCUGGCAUUUACCACUCUCAAGUUGAUAGGCUGAUAGAUAGUGAUGCAUCAGGAUCCAUUCCACAAGUAUCCCUCCGUUCACACUUCACUGUCUAUCUUAACUAUUGACAAAGAAGGAAAUGGAACAGUGGUUCACCUAUUUCAACUGCAAGGUUAGUUUUCGUAGUAAACUGAAUUUUCCUCAAUCUUCUCCACCCAAUCUUAUCCCCUUCUCUGAUCCUGCUGUAAGCAUGCAUCUGCCUUCCCUCCACUUGUUCAUCAUCAUGCUCCUGAUUCCUUGGCCCUUCAGUUCAGUGCGUCUCUGCGCACCUGACAGCGUGCUUGUCCCUGGCAUGGGUCUCACUCCUGGAAAAACUCUCACCUCGGACCAAGGUUCGUUCGCCUUGGGCUUCUUUACCCCCUCAAACUCAACUAAAAAUAUGUAUGUUGGCAUAUGGUUCAACGAUAUCCCAUUGCACACCGUCGUCUGGGUUGCCAACCGCGAUAAUCCGAUCACUGAUGCUUCAUCCGCGGUGCUUGGUAUGACCAACAACUCCAGGCUUGUGUUGUCUGAAACCAAUGGCCGCCACAUACUUUGGAUGUCAAACAUAAUUGCUGGCAGCAACUCUUCAGCCAAACUUCUCAACAACGGUAAUUUGGUAGUCUUAUCAUCAGAUGGUGCCAUGUUAUGGCAGAGCUUUGAAAACCCAAGCGACACCGUCCUUCCUGGCAUGCCCAUGCGGACGACCCACAAGACACACCCACCAUGGCGGAUGAUCUCUUGGAAGGGCCCUGAAGACCCUUCAACAGGCAGGUUCUCUGGUGGGAACGACCUUGACACUCCCCUACAGUUCUUCGUCUGGGAUGGGUCAGUGCCAUACUUCCGUGCCACUGUGUGGAACGGAUAUGUAUCCUCCAACGUGGGCCUCCAGACCGUUAGUCCACUCAUGUAUUUGACAGUUAACAAGGGCACCGAUGGUGAGGCCUAUGCAACAUUUGGACUAUCAGAUGGCUCCUCCAGGAUAAUUUACAAGGUUGACUACUCCGGAAAGACCACGCUAUGGAGAUGGAAUACCAGCUUGACAGAUUGGACCCCUGCUAUACCAUCGUCGCCAGCUUACCGGUGUAGUCUCUAUGGAUACUGUGGUGCAUAUGGCUACUGCGACAACACAGAGGCAAUUCCCACAUGCAAGUGCCUUGAUGGAUUUGACCCUAGUAACAAAACAGAGUGGGUUAGAGGCAAUUUUUCUCAUGGUUGUUGGCGAAAGGAAGAACUGCAGUGUGGUGGAGAGGACAGUUUCUUGACCUUGCCAGCAAUGAAGGUGCCAGACAAAUUUGUACGCCUGUGGAAUAAAAGCUAUGAUGACUGUGCAGUUGAGUGCAGCAAAAAUUGCUCAUGUGUAGCGUAUGCUUAUGCUAAUCUAAGCACCAGCAACAUUGAUGGGGAUGCAACAAGGUGCCUGCUGUGGACCGGGGAGCUGAUUGACGUGGAGAAGGGUGGCGCCGUCGGCAAUGAGAACCUGUAUCUCCGGCUUACUGCCUUGUCAAGCAAAGGGCGAAAGAGCAUCGUAAUAAAAGUUAUACCAGCAAUUUCAGCAAGUGUAUUGCUGAUACUUCUAUUGGCAUGCCUUGUAUGGUUCCGCAAGUUUAAAGGCAAACAUGACAAAAAAGGAAGACCAAGGAGACUGAUAAUGGGGGACUUGCGCUUUAGUGAUGGACUCGGAGAGGAAACUCAUGAACUUCCAUUUAUUAGCUUUGAGGAAAUAGUCGCUGCAACAAACAACUUCUCCAUGUCCAAUUUACUCGGAAAAGGCGGCUUUGGCAAAGUUUACAAGGGUGAUGAAAAGCUACUUAUUUAUGAGUAUCUACCAAACAAAAGCCUUGACACCUUCCUUUUAAAUUCUAAAAAGAAGUCAAUGCUUCACUGGCCGACAUGAUUCAAUAUAAUAAAAGGAGUGGCUAGGGGCUACUCUAUCUCCAUCAAGAUUCAAGACUGAUGAUAAUUCAUAGAGAUCUGAAAACAAGCAAUAUUUUUGUCGGCGUCCUGGGAACGGGAGUCCCCAGACUUGCCUGCCUGUGGCCCACGGCGUGGCUCCACCAGCAGCCCUGUACGGCCCAUCUUCACCAGCAAACACUCAAGACCCUCGCGAGGGGCCAAGCCUCGCGAGGCGGACGACGCAAGACCUCCUCGGGGGCGGCCUCAUCAGGCUGGCUCGCGAGGGGCGGAGAGAUC